AUGCAAGACGCCUACUUCCAUAUAGCCAUUUUCCCACCCCAGAGGAGGUUCCUUCGCUUCGUCGUGAACGACCAUCACUGUCAAUUCGCAGUCCUUCCGUUCGACCUCUCUACGGCCCCGCGGGUAUUCACCAAGUGUAUGGCUGUAGUCGUCGCCCACCUUCGCCGCAGUCACAUACAUGUAUUUCCCUACCUCGACGACUGGUUGAUCCGAGGAUCCUCAGAGAUGCAAGUCCUCAGCCACGUCCACACGGUCAAGCGGCUUUUCGCCCAUGUGUUUGAUCUGAGCAUUAAUAAAUACGAAGCUAUCUGCAGCCAGCCUGUUGUGGCCAAGAAGAAAAACAAAAUCACCCAUGUCCAGUUUAACCCCAUCUACCCCAUUAUCAUUAUCGGAGAUGACCAAGGCCACGUCACCUGCCUGAAACUCUCCCCCAACCUACGCAAGAUGCCUAAGGAAAAGAAAGGGCAAGAGAUUCAGAAGGGCCCUGAGGUGGAGAUCACGAAGCUGGACAAGCUGCUAAACCUGGUGAGGGAACCGGCAAACAAGCCCGAGAAGUGAGAGAGAGAAAGGAAGUCCAGCCUGCUCCCAGCUGCACAGUGCCUCCUCUCCAUCCACGUGCCGGGAACUGCCAGGCUCUGCAAACAGGCUCUCCUUUGACGGGCUCCUGUUUGCCAUGCAGGUAACGGCCCUCUGAGCCUCCCGUCUCAUACGCAGCAGGAACAGUGGCUUCCGCGUCCAAAUAAACAUGU